UCUGCGCCCAUUCCAACUAAGCAAGAUCUUUGAUCACAUCAGCUGCUGUGCAAAGUCCACCAUUUAUCAUCCCCAGUCGAAGUCAUCACUAGCUGUGCGACAUUGCCACCGCCCACCUAUUUCCUCUCAGAUUUCUUCUCCCUCCUUCAUCAUCCUCAACAUGCAACAGCAGCCCACCUGCACUAGCCUACGUGUGAGAUCUCCGCAAGAUGCUCAGAUCAUCUUUCACGCCGUAGCACUUGGAGUCUUGCCCAUGGUCACACGUCGUCUCGACACAGAGGAACGACGUUCGAUAACCUCGGGUUGUGUUUUCGUUUGGGAGGAGCGAGGGCCCAGCCCGGAGGCUACCGGGCUGGGUAUCGAACGAUGGACCGAUGGCAAGAGGUGGGGUCCAAGCCGGGUCCGCGACGAAUUUCUUUUCUAUCAAGAGAGAGACCCUGAGCCCGUUGAUAUCGAGCCAAACUCAGACUCCGACACUACCGACAGGAUCGGAUCAAGUCCCCUAGCGCAACCUGGCGUGAACCAUGAAUACGUUCGCGCCAGUCUGGUCAAACAGACGUAUUCCGUCUUCGUUGAAACCCCAAUGGGACGGAAGAAAUGGCACCUUAUUGCCUAUUUCACACAUGACAGCCUUGAUUAUCUCCGAACUGUGUCUGACCUUCCCGACCUUGCUCGUAUCGUUGUGCCUCCCGGGAACUAUAGAAGCGCUCGACACAACACGAGCAAGCACGGCCGUGCUCAGCGAGAAGAGCGACCACACCCUUUCACCCCUCAGUAUGCUCCGUAUCCCUCUUCUCGGGUACCAGUGAUCCAGCCUCCCAAUGACUGCCUACAAUCGUUUGACUACUCAGGGCGUGCACAGCCUCGAGACGGUCAAUCACUAGCGCCUCUUACGUACCUUCAAAACCUAGCUCCACCGCGAAGACACCCGUUGGAUGAGGAGGCUCUAAUGGCUUUUUACCCUCGUUUGUGCUGAACUUCGUAUUGUGUUUUCUUCGCACUGUUUUCUAUGGACUGUAGAAUUAAUGAUCUCUAAACCUAUAAAUGCUGUGAUGUUGUCGUGUUCACCAUACGCCAUUCUCUUGGUUUGCAAUCUGCAGUAGCCUAUCAUACUUAUCUCGUGUUGUGUGUACUUAUACUUUUGCCUGCGUUACCUACAUUUGACUACGUUGGGAUUUGACGACAUAAUUUAGCUGCUACGUCCUAUCAAUCCCAUGAAUUGAUCCCUAGUCCCUAGUUGAGCUUGACAACCACACGAAUUGGGCGACUGUACUUUGUGUGACGCAGCACGACUUGAAUCGCACAGCUUC